AUGAAGUCUCUUUUGUUGAUAGAGUUUGCUUGUGUAUCUGUUACUGUAGAGUCCAUUACUCCUGCAGCUCCUUGUAGUCUUAACAGCCUUGUUAAUGGGAUAGAUCUAUUAUGGUUUGAUUUUCCAUCAGAUCAUAUCAUGUCGUUUAAUAGCGUGCUAGGUUUUACUAGCCUCUCCAUCUUCCUGUUGAUGAGUGGAGCUGUUUCAUCAGUUGAUUAUGGAACAGCACUUACUAAAUCUUUGUUAUAUUAUGAGGCUCAACGUUCGGGAAAAUUGCCUUUUGACCAGAGAGUGCAAUGGCGUGGAGAUUCUGGACUUAAAGAUGGAAGUGAUGCUCGAAUAGAUCUUGUGGGAGGAUACUACGAUGCUGGAGACAAUAUGAAAUUUGGAUUUCCAAUGGCAUUUACCAUUACAACGCUUUCAUGGAGCACUAUUGAAUUCAGUUCGCAACUGGAAGCCAAAAAGGAGCUCUCAAAUGCACUGCUCGCCAUCAAGUGGGGCACUGACUACCUCAUCAAAGCCCAUCCUCAGCCACACGUUCUUUAUGGUCAAGUUGGUGACGGUGAUUCUGACCAUGCUUGUUGGGAGAGGCCAGAGGACAUGACAACGCUCAGAACCAGUUUUAAGAUUGAUGACCAACAUCCUGGAGCUGAUAUUGCUGCUGAGACAGCUGCUGCCUUGGCUGCUGCAUCUAUUGCUUUUAGCUCUUCAAACCCUGCAUACUCUACCCAACUUGUGAGCCAUGCAGAACAGCUUUUUGAGUUUGCUAGUGGUCACCCUGGUCUUUACCAGAAGAGCAUCCCUGCGGCUAGGUUCUACGCCAGCAGUGGAUAUGAGGAUGAGUUAUUGUGGGCUGCUGCAUGGCUUCACCGUGCCACCAAUGAUAAUACAUACCUUAAUUACCUGGGUGCAUCUGGAAAUACUGGUGGUAUCAGAGGCUCAUUUUCGUGGGAUGACAAGUUUGUGGGUGCGCAACUCCUUGUUGCUAAGCUUGUAUUAGAGGGAAAGGUUCCGAACACUGGGACCUGGGGUCAAUACAAGAGUGAGGCAGAACAAUUUAUAUGCUCAUGCAUCCAAAAGAACAGCAAGAAUGUGAAGAAAACACCAGGUGGUUUGUUAUGGUUUUCCGAAUGGGAUAACCUUCAAUAUGUUGCCACAGCUUCGUUAGUGGCAGCCGCCUACGGUAACUACCUUUAUGCCGACCAUGCUUCAAUCAAGUGCCCUGGUGGUAUUGUUCGACCCACUGAUCUUAUUCAUCUAGCCCAAUCACAGGUUGACUAUAUAUUGGGGUCAAAUCCAAAGAAAAUGAGCUAUAUGGUUGGUUUUGGGUCAAAUUAUCCAACCCAACCUCAUCAUAGGGGAGCAUCCAUUGUGUCAAUCAAGAAGAAUCCGAAACCAGUGGCAUGUCAAGAAGGUUACCAAGUGUGGUUCAAGAGGAAAGCACCCAACCCCAAUGUGUUGGAGGGGGCAAUUGUUGGAGGCCCAGAUGCACUUGAUGGCUACACAGACUCUAGAUCCGACUUCGAACAGACUGAAGCUGCGACUGCUAAUGUUGCACCACUGGUUGGUGUUUUGGCUCGCCUAGCUACUCAUUAA